AUGUCAUCUACGGUUUAUAAUGUUAUUCUCAAAAUUAUCUGUCAGAAUCAGGGAAGUGUAGAUUUUAAACAACUUGACCAGAAACUCCGUCAGCACUUUGCUAUUGCCAGAGAGAUACUUGUUGGGAUCCUCCAGCAUACUGAAAAGUUUGUCAUCGUUGCUGGUAAAGAAGACAGGAAAGAUUUACCACUGAGCCCGGAUAGUCUCAUUAUCGCGAAAACAUCUCUACGAGUUUGUCUAAAAGUCCCAGAUAAAGGUGUUCUGUGUGAAGACUUGCACUUGUGUCGGUAUUUUCUGUAUGGCAAAUGCAAGUUCGGUGUCAGAUGCAAAAAUCCCCAUACUUUGGACACUCUUCAUAACGCCACUGUUCUUAAAAGAGCAGGCCUUCAGCAACUUCAGGAAUCAGAACUGUUUGUGCUACUGCUGCAGAAUGACCCCACGCUACUGCCUGAGGUCUGUUCGCAUUACAAUAAAGGAAGCGGAGAACAUGGAUCGUGCAAAUACAAGGAGAGCUGCAGCAACCUCCACGUCUGUCAGCACUUCUUACAGGACAACUGCAGGUUUGGAGAAACCUGCCGAAGGGCUCACAGAUUUGAUGCAGGCACCAUGAAAAUCCUGAACGACAAGGGUUUCACCGAUGACAACAUUCACGUCUUCCAGAAGAUAUAUAAAAACAAAUUCCUGAUCGCAAAUCAAAGGGAAAGACCGGCCAUCAGCAGCGCUGAGUUAGGUAAGAGGCAGCAACCAAGAGAAGAUUCACCCGUGGCAUCUGGCAGCCCUAUCAGUGAUGCAGAUCGGAAUGAAAUCUGCCUCUUCUUCAUACGCAGAGGAUGCAGUUUCAAAGAGAAAUGUGUGCGCGUACACUACCAUCUGCCUUAUAGAUGGCAGGUCUUGGAUAAGGAUGGUGUGACCUGGAAGGACUUGCCCAAUGGAGAGGAUAUUGAGAAGGCCUUCUGUAACCCAGCCAACGAUAGCAGCUCAGGGAACCAGCCUGUAGACUUCGUGUCAAUGACUUGUGGAGGGUUAUCAGUACGCCGUCUGUCCACUGCAUCCUCUGUGACCAAACCUCCUAACUUCAUCCUGACCACUGAGUGGCGCUGGUACUGGAAGAACGACAAGGGAGGAUGGACCGAAUACGGUCAGGGGGAGGAUCCUGGCCUGGUAUCAUCCACCACUUCCCAAACCCUGGAGAAUGUUUAUCUCGCUGACAACAACAGUGAAAUUCCAUUUAGCUCAGCAAGCCAUAAAUACAUAAUCCGCCUAAAAGAGAUGUGUCAGAAGAACCUCUUUUAUGGAACAUCAAGACAGAUUCGAAGAAGACCUGUCUUUGUCUCGCCUCAAGAGGUUGAGAAAAGGCUGAAAGGUGAAUCCUCAGAGACGUCCAGUUCUUCAACAGUGGAAGUUCCUGCACACUGGGACAAAGCAGCACUUCCCAGUUUCUCUUACAAGCUUGUUCCUCUGUCCGAGACUGAGGCUGAGUUCCAAACCGUGGAGAAGCUUUUUAAAGCGACGAUGCCCAAAUUCACCAUUGUCAGCAUCAAGAGGAACCAAAACAGCUCCCUCUGGAGGGUCUUUCAGUGGCAAAAAGAGCAGAUGAAGGGGAGGAACGGAGGGGGGGAGGUAGACGAGAGACUCUUGUUUCAUGGGACGGAUCAGGCUUUAGUGGAUGCUAUCUGUGAGCAGAACUUUGACUGGAGGAUCUGCGGAACUCAUGGAACGGUUUAUGGCAAAGGAAGUUAUUUUGCCAGAGAUGCAUCGUAUUCUCACCACUAUGUUCACACUGACAGCAGCACAAAAACCAUGUUUGUCGCUCGGGUCCUCGUUGGUAGGUUUACCAAAGGACAGGGGAGCUUUGUCCGUCCUCCGGCAAAGCCGAAUGGCACAGGUCUCUACGACAGCUGCGUGGACAGCAUGAGCGAUCCAAGUAUUUUUGUUAUCUUUGAGAAAUACCAAAUUUAUCCAGAGUUCGUCAUCGAGUACACGCCGGAAACCUCUCGGUGUCUGAUUUCAUGA